AUGGAUUCUACUACACAAAAUAUUGAACAAGGUUAUGAGAAAACAAGUAACAAUCAUACUAGUCUUCCCACGAUAGCUAUCAGCACCAUGGUUCCCAACACUCCUAUCACUAUUGAACGAUUUUCCCAGAAUAAUUUCCAAGCAUUCAACGAUUCCGACAGGAGAUUAUUACCAACACCUUCAGGUGAUGAAAUGGGAUCUUUGU